UUGGUUCCAUUUCCGGUAAGUUUUGUGCUCCCCUUCCCCGUCUUCAGGCUGACGGCCCAGAGGAGCGUGGAGGACGCGGAGGAAAUAGAGCGGGAGCGGCGCCGGAGGGCCCGGGAGGCUCUGCGUCAGGGGAACGGCGCCCCCCCGCCCGGGGAGCCGUCCCCAGAGAGGGGGGGACCGGCCGAGAACAUGUUUGACAGUGACCUGAAGCCCAACGGCUUCCCCUCCCUGGAUGAGGACGAGGGGUUCAGCGACUGGACUCAGCUCAGAGAGAGACGAAGGCAGCAGCGCCUGCAGGAGCUGAACCAGGGCGCUGAGGAAGAGGAGGAGGAGGAAGAGGAGGAGGACACGAGGAAGAAAUCUGCCCCUACAAAGGCCAAACAGCUCUCCAACACGGCCUUCGGUCAAACCCAGAGAGAAGAUCGGGAUGAGACAGACACGCCCAGAAAGGAAACGGAAAAAAAGAAGGAGUUUGAAAAGACAGAAACGGAGAAAAGUGGGGAAGAAAAGGAAGAGGAACAAAGGAGGAUGACUAUGAAUGCAUCGAUACCAAAAAGGAGCAAUGAGAUCCAAAGAGCACACACUGAGGUGGCAAAAAGGAAAGAAGUCAAAGUUUCCUAUACAUCAAAAGUUUUGCUUCGCCAAGAGGUCAAACACGGCGUCGUCAACGGCGACGGGACCACCGCGGAAGUGACAUCACACACCAGGAAGUCAAACAGAUCCAACAGUGUAUCGAGCGACGGGGACGAGACGUUUAGUCCCUUUAGUCCCAAAGUUUCAACUCACAAGAUCACAGAGAGGACAGAGUCUCUAAACCGCUCACUGAAGAAAAGCAACAGCUUCAAGAAGACGCAACCUCUCGUUCUGCUGGCCAAGAUCGAUGACCGGAUGGAGCAGUAUGCCCACGCAGUGGAGAACUCUCAGGAACCUCGGCCAGUGAGAGCAUCCCUCAGCGACCUUCCCAACUCGCCGGAAGUGGUUUCCUCCACAAAAGGCCUGUUUGAAGCUGGAGAGGCCUGGAGCCAGAGUCCGAGCAAAGGACCAACCUGCAAGGACACAGAGGGCCUGAAGGUGGGCGUGGCCAGUUUGAUCACCCAUUGGGUGAAAGGCUCUUCAGAUGCCGGCGGCAAACAGUUGAACUGUAGACCCUCUGAUGUCAAGCAUGGAGAUGUGAUGCAGAAGAAAAACAUGUGGGAGAUCAUUGGAGAUGCAUCAGGGAAGCCAGAGCAGAGAAACAAGGGUUCAACAGCCAGUAAAAAGUACAAGUUCGUCGUCACCGGUCAUGGCAAAUACGAGAAGAUUUCUGUGGAUGACCAGUAG